GGGUCAGCGUUAUAUCCACAACCUUGAGAUGUAUUUGAAGGGCUCGCUCUCUAAUGUUUGAGGUGACAGAAUCCAUUGGGCUGGAGGUGUUGGAUAAGGAGAGGGUGAGGAGAGAGAGAGAGAGAGAAAUGGAGUGAAAUGGGGGGUGGGAGUCUGCUCUCAUCAAAGGAUCUCUCAGGCUCCACAAGGUAAUGACGGAUGUCGUGGAGACCCUGAAGCCCUCAGUCCCUGACGACUUCUCAGGAAGACAAACGGUCAGGCUGCGGGGACCUUUAGAGGGGGAUCAAAACUGAGGAUUACAUUCAUUUAGCUGAAAAUGGCGUGGCAUGAGGUAAGCAUUUCAUUUUGAUGCUCAAGAUUUACACAUUACUUUAAGACGUACCUGUUUUGUGUAACUUGUGUCAGAUUAGACAGUUGUUGAAUGUUUUAUUCAGGGUAGUUUAUGCAUUUUAAAUACUUUUAAAUACACUAAACAGGAUGUAUUUUAGAGUAAAAAUGCAGGUUAAUGAUGUGAUUUUUAAAAAAUAUGAAGACAUGAAACUUACAUGAGUGUUAUCCACCUAUUUCGUAUCUUUACAGCUUUUAAUAGCUAUAUAUUUUGACAUGAGAAUGAGAAGGAUCAACAUCUGGUGUAGAUUUUUUUUUUGUUUUUAUGUUUAUUGGGGAAAAAAAGUCAAUAUUUUUUGUUUGUGUAUUCUUCCUGAGUAGCUGCGCAGUCGACAGUUUUGGCGUGCCAUGAUGGCAGAGCUGCUCGGCACCUUGGUGUUGGUGAGUGCCGUGCUGGGUGCGUCAGUACCAGGCCAAGGAGAGAUUCCCGUGGGACCCCUGUACCCAGCAGUGGCAGUGGGGGCGGUGAUUGUUGCACUGGCUCACUGUUUUGGUGAAAUAAGCGGGGCACAGGUGAGCAUCUUAAAAGCAGUUAUGAUAAGUGAAAUUCAUUUGGUAAUAUUGGUGCCACUUGUAAACCUUCGGCAAAACUUUUUAAACAUCAUUUACAGGUGUAAAUUUGACAUUCAUUCUGACAGUGAAUGUAUUUCCAUCUUGCAUGUAUGAAGUUUAAAAAAAGAGCCAACAAGGUGUCCCAUUUGCCAAAAAGGUUGACUUCUAUUUAGGCCAUAGACUCCUAAGAUGUGUUUCAAGGGAGCAUAACUCCACUGUGGCUCUGUGCAUAGCUCCCACUCUCUCUGUUCUCUGUCAUCAGGUGAACCCUGCAGUGACUCUGUCUCUCUUAGCGACUCGGAAGCUCGAUGUUCUCCGGGCUCUUGUUUACAUAGCUGCACAGUGUCUGGGGGCUUGUUUAGGAACCUGGGUCCUCUACCUGGCCCUGCCGCUUAAAAGUACAGCAGAGCACUUUGUCAACAAGGUCAGUUUUAAGUUUGUGAUCUUUUAUUCAUCAGGACGUAUCUUUUAUAAUAUUCAUCCUCCUUACUAAUCUCCUUUAGGUUCCUAUAGAGCUGAAUGCAGCACAGGCUCUGGGCGUAGAGGUUUUGUGCACCUUCCAGUUGGUCUUCACGGUGUUCUCAGCGGAGGCUCAGAGACGGAGGGAAAGUCCAGAACCAGGAAACAUCGCUAUUGGAUUUGCUCACACAGCUGGAGUUUUUAUAGGGGUAAGAGGAACAAUGCUAAUGUAUUUCCUCAAGGAAGAGGGCAUUUCAGUUUUCGGCAUCAUUCACUUCUGGCAUCAAGACUAUAAUCAGCCAAUUCUUUAGUACUUUAUUUUGCAGGUUGAUACUGUAUCUGCAAAAAAUCCAGUUCUUGACAGUUUAAAUUAUUAUCUUUUGAAUAUCAGUUUAGGGUGAUUUUUACCUUUAUGGAUAGGACAGUGUGAUAAUAUAGGGAAACAAAGAGAAUGGGGAGGACAUGAAGUACAUGGUUAAGGCUGGACUUGAACCCACAACCACAGCAGAUACCAUGGUCCCCGUACAUGGGGUGCACUAACCCACUUGGCCAUCUGCACACCACUCUGGCAACUGAAAUUAUUCUAAUACAUUUUUCCCCCUCUUUUUAGACUUUUUUUGGACCUCUACCCAAGUUUACUAAAAAAAGAAGACAAUGAAAUAAUAAUCAUAGUACAAAGUUUACAUGAAAACAGGAUGUUACCUACCCAUAUACAUAAUAUUUUUAUAGUAAAUGUUCAUACAUAUUUACAAGCUUUCAUUCACAAGGAUAAAUCAUCAUGGAAGAAAAUUAAAAAACUGGAAACUAACAAAGUUUAUCCAUCAGCUUUCUAUGAUAAACUUUCCUUUGCUUUAGUUACUCCUAAUUUGAAAUGGUUGGGGCUUGAACCCAUGACCGCUGUAGGGACCAUGGUCCCAAAACAUGAGACACGCUAACCCACUUCGCUAUCUGCAGGUCCCCCAGAUAUAUCAUUUUCAUGCUGUAAUUUUUAUGGCUGAAACUGAUGCAAAGGCGUAAGUGUCCCUACAAUUUCCUCAUAAAAAUAAACAAUGCAGGAUAAAAUUUUUCGUUAUAAGGUACGACAUAGGCACAGGAGCUUUUUAAGGUUAAAGAGUUUAAAACACCAAAACACAGCUGUAUCACAAAAAGCUGUUAAUUUCAGUGUAUUUGUUGUCUUUAGUAAUAGGCUCUACUCACCAAAAUUGACACAUACUGAAAUUUUUCCAAAGAAGCUUCAGUGGAAAACAAAAUGAAAUCAUUGUGUGUGUGUCUGUGUGUGUCAGGGGCGGUUCUCUGGUGGGAGUAUGAACCCUGCACGUUCUCUGGGACCGGCCAUUAUCACCGGCUUCUGGGAAAACCACUGGGUGAGAGAAAAAGACCUGACCUUGUGCCCUAACUCUACAGAAACGACUGAUUUUUCCCAAUGCUGUUUUUGACCAGUUUGGUCCAUCGUCAAAAAAAAUAACCAUCUAUAACAAAAAUGAUCUAUUUUGAGUAUAACAGUGAAAGAUAUUAAGCAAAUUUUAAGGUAUUUUAACCUGAAUUUCUAAUUUUGCUAAGACAGCUUUACUUUGACUUGACAUCAGCCAGGAGCCAAACACCAGUCUGAAGUUUCAUUUAAUAAUCUUUCAACAUUGCCUUCCUUGUUAAACUCAGCAGAUAUUUAGCUUAUUUUAAAUCCUCUAUUUGUUGCCUGUUUCCAACGAAUUGAAUAAAAAGCAUUCAUCUCUCCUCUCUUACUGUAUCUCGUUUUUUUUUUGCUCACCAUCAGGUUUAUUGGCUCGGACCGGUGCUUGGCGCCAUACUAGCGGGAGUUUCUCACGAGUUCUUCUUUGCGCGCAGUGCUUCUCGACAGAAGCUGGUGGCCUGUCUGACCUGUAAGGACAUUGAGAUUGUGGAAACUGCAAGCAUGACAGGAUCAUCGCUGUCCACCGUCACACAGAAUGCUAUGAGAGCCAAACAGGCCAACAAGCAAGAAAACAAUUAAGGUGAAAAAACCACAAACUGUGGAGCGACAGGACGAAUAGAGUGCUGUUUAACCUAUUUAUUGUGUAUAAUAUACAUCUCAAAUAUGAGUUUGUUUGUUCUCUCUCUCUUGUUUGUAAUUGUGACAGAUUUCAAGUCAAUGUUGGUCAUGUUUCAAAGUUUGUUGCGCACUUUUAGAGAUUAAAAAGUUGAAAGUGUGUUUGGGGCACUUGCUUCAUGUUGUCAGGUGAAGGCCCGAGGCUGCGUUUACAAUUGGCCUGAUAGUGCUUGCCUAUCAUUAGAGACUGUGAAGGUCUGGCUGACAUUCUGGGACCCCGUAUUGUUCUUUUCACAUUUGCACAUCAUUAGAAUUUCUAAUGAAAACUCAUUGAAACCCUGAUGAGAAACAACCGAGUGUCUCCUCAUGUUUCACAGGUUUGUUGUGUGUUUGUGAAUGCUUUGAAAUGCUAAAGAGGUCCUGCAUCCACAGCUCAAUGACGUUCUCAAUUUGCCUAAUAUCCCUCCAGUAUAUAUGCCUGUGUGUGUGUGUGUGUCUGUCUGUCUUUUGUCUGAGGCCACCUAUUCACAAUCAAAUGGAUCUUCAUACCUCUGUGAUGGCAGAAACCAGCUUUGUACUUAAAAACAGGUCCGGUAGAGAUCUGUGGAAGCACACUUGGUUGGUUUUUAGGAGACAUAACUUAAUGUAAUAAAUGUGUGUUUUUAAAGAAAGUUUUCACCCGUGUACAGUUUAUUUAUUUUCCAUGUUAUUAACAAGGUUAGCUACAAAAUAAUUCAAGUAUUUAUGUUUUUGUUUGGUCUGUUCUUCAUGUAUUUUUCUACCCUAUCCCAGUACACACCUGCGACAUCAUGCGUUUACUUUAAAAUGGAAUAAUUAUUAAACCAAACAUCAUAUAUAUUAUCUAUAUUAGUUAAUGUUCGAGGUCAAACAUUUAUAAUAUUGUCUGGAUUUGGAGUCUUAAAUAAAACCAUGACAGCAGCCUCAUCGCUACAACUAUGUGGUUUGAAUACACACAUGCACCGUGCACGCAUACUCAUAUAUAAACUAUUACUCACAUGAACACACACUCACACACACACGCUACACAAUAGCUAUAAUUACCACAGUAAAGCCAGCAUUUUGCAUUGUGUGUGUUCUUUCUAACAUGUAUAAAAGGGCGUUAAAACAGCAAGCUCAGCGUUCUGCUUUCAUCACUCUCUGCCUCGCCUCUCAACACCCCCCCGAACACACACACACACACACACACACACCUCCCAACAACUACUAACAGGGAUGGCUCUGGACUGGUCGGCCCUACUAGACCUCUCCUUUGACCCGGCUCCCGCACACAGACGCCGAACUUUCAGGGCUUUUUUACCAUACAUCCUUAUCCAAAACAGACCAAAACAGUAUUACACAAUGCAAAGCCUCCAUGGAGCACCUCCCAGAAGUUGUUAAUCAAUGUCAUUCCACUUUAACAUUGUCUGUUUUUUCCUCAUUCCUUAUCAAUGUUUUCUUCUAGGUGAAGUGACUUUAAAGUGAAUUUGGAGGGGGCACAAGAACUCUAAAGCUCUAAAAUACAAUCAAAUUCAGGUUUACGACUCACUUGUUAUGUUUGAUUUCAGUUAACAGCGAAAACAUGAAACUGACAGCUUCUUAUUGAGCUUUAGCAUUGAGCCUUGUGCUUUUGAAAGCGAUGUUUUGCCAGCUGUCUUAGUUUAAUUAGUAUUUUUGUCUUGCCUAUAUGGCUAUACGUAGUCCACAUGCUUCUGACAAACAAUAGUUUCACAGGGUCAGGCAUUUCGAUGUAUGGGUCAGUUCAGCAUUGUAAGCUUUGGGCACUUCCGUCCGGGGCCCCAACUGUAGUAUCUGUGUGUGUAUGUGUGUGUGUGUGCGUGUCAUUGUGCAUGCCUGUGUGUUUUUUGUCCUUGUCCAUCAGCAUUUAUGUUCCCCGAUUACCAUAGUUAUGAUACGUCAACAAACGCCUCAAGAUGAAACCUUCUCCUUGCAGCUCCCUUUACUCAUCUCCAACAGGCUGUUCUACCUUGUGACCCACUCCCCCCACCUAUGAGACUCAAUACUUCCUCUUGUCUCUUAAUCUACAAUCUGUCCUCCUCUGACAAACUAAUUUACACUUCUUGUUUUAUCUGAUUCUCUUCACUGAUGCACCUCUCAUUGGGCCUCGGCCUGUUUUGGGGGGGGGUGACACAGGGUUAAGUUUGUUUGGUUAAGGGUGUCCAGCACUGCCGCCCCCCGCCCUCGGUUCUGCAGGGAGAUUAUG